AAAAACAGUUGCGUGCAGCAUUCGAAUCCUAGAUUACUGCCAAAUUUUAAGUUUAAAGAGCGUAUAAAAAGUUGAAAUAAAUUUUAAAAAAAUGGCCCAAAUGGCUGAAAAACCUCGAGAAAUUGUAGAAAAACAAAUCGAAGAAGUGCAAAAAGUGGUAGCGGUAUCGGAGGUUUCGAGCGAUGAAAGAACCGAGGCAGAAGAAUCAGUUCUGAACAGUGAGGAGGAAGAUGUCGGUUUUUUGGAUAUUGAUUUACUUUUAGAUCACGGGAUUAGUUUAAAAGAAGUUAAUCAACUUAAAAAGGCCGGGUUUAAUACGGUUAAAGGAAUUCAGAUGGCUACCCAGAAGAAGUUGUCGAUGAUCAACGGAUUCAACGAAGCGCAAGUGAUUAAAAUCAAAGAAGCGUGUAAAAAAAUCGCUCAAAUCGGUUCUGCUACGAGCUCUUUUAUAAAUUGCCUGGAACUGUCUGAGCAAAGAAAACAAGUUUUCCGGUUAUCCACUGGUAGCAAAAAUAUCGACAAAAUUCUAGGUGGCGGCGUAGAAUCCAUGUCUCUUACCGAAGUUUUUGGCGAGGCACGCACAGGCAAAACACAACUCGCCCAUACCCUGUGCGUGACCGCACAAAUGCCCGGUGAAAACGGCUAUUUAGGAGGGAAAGUUAUCGUUAUUGAUACUGAAAGCACUUUCCGGCCGGAUAGGAUCAAACCGAUAGCAGAUCGAUUUGAUUUAGAUAACACAUCUGUUCUGGAGAAUAUUUGUUAUGCUCGAGCAUACAAUUCGGAACACCAAUAUGAACUUUUAAAUGGUGUGGCUGAAAAGCUCCAUGAGGAACCUGGUAUGUUCAAACUCCUGAUAGUAGACUCCAUUAUGGCCCUAUUUCGAGUAGAUUUCAUCGGUUCGGGAGAAAUGUCUGAAAGACAAUCGAAAUUGGGACUUAUGCUAUCACGUUUACAGAAAAUCAGCGAGGAAUACAACAUUGCGGUGUUCCUAACAAACCAAAUUACCACCGAUCUAAACUUCACAUUAUUGAAUGACUUGGAAGUUAAACCGGUUGGCGGUAAUAUUUUAGCUCACACCUCCACCACCAGAAUCGCCUUAAAAAAAGGAAAAGGAAAUAUUCGUAUAGCAAAAUUAUACGAUAGUCCCAAUUUAGAAGAGAAAGAAACGGAAUUUCUUAUCACAAACGGCGGUAUCGCUGACCCCAAAAGUGACGACGAAUAAUCAUCCAAAUAUUUAUCUAAAACGCAUAAAUCACAUUAAUUGUUAAGUAGAUCAUGGAUUAAAUAUAUUAGUAAUAACAUUAA